AUGGCCUACCAUGACGACGCACUUCCGUCUCCGGCUCUUUUGUGGUUACGCGGAGACAUGAUGUGGCUAUUGCCCCCAGUCACUAUCGGUCUAUAUGCGGCGCCCCAUUUCAACUUCUCACAAAUCCAACUCACACUCGACGUCUCGGCAAACAUGAUGCGAAGGCUGGGUGAAGCUCUCGAAAACCUAGCUACCAGUGUGACUAGAGGGAACCGCAAGGCAAAUGUCAAUGUGCUGACUCAUGCCGGCAAUACGAAAAUCGAACUAGUGAUGGAGAAGAUGAGGGCUGUCGUGGGGAGGAAAGAGAUAGUCAUGAAGAAGAUCGACGAUGAGGCUGUUGGACAGCGCAUAGCGGCUCCCUUUCUGGCUCCAGGAACUUAG